AUGUUCGACAUCAACGUGCCCUCCCAGUUUGGUCUGGCCACCGUCCGCAUCGCCCUGCCUCCCGCCUCGCUCCUCAAAUUUCCUCCCAACGAGCUCCCCGAGACCGUCCCGGCGCCUCACGUCUCCGGAUGGACGUGGAAACAGCCCUUCAACAUUCCGAAUGGCCUCUAUAAUCAAGCUCUGGACGUGCGGGUCCCUAUCACCAUCGCCAGCGUCUAUGCGCUCACCGUGCUCCUGAUCAAUCGCAUCAAUAAGGCCCGCGGCUACAAGCCCUACGCCUUCAGCAACUCGCGACUUUUCAAGGUCUUCGUGGUGCUACACAAUGUUUUCCUGGCCGUCUACUCGGCGUGGACUUUCGUCGGCAUGCUCCAGGCAUUCGGUAACUCCUGGCCGGACCGCGACCAGCCUAAUGGCCUGGUCGGCGUGGUGGACUCGCUGUGCAAGAUCAACGGACCCCGUGGCUACGGCAAUGCGGCUACCUACAGCCCGUUGACUGACCAGUGGUCCAUUCCCAACUCCACGCUCAAGCUGGCUGGCGGUCAACCCGACCCUAGCGACGUCGGCCGUCUCUGGAACCAGGGUCUGGCUUACUUCGGCUGGAUCUUCUACCUGUCCAAGUUCUACGAGGUCGUUGACACGGCUAUUAUCCUUGCCAAGGGCAAGAAAAGCUCCACCCUGCAAACGUACCACCACGCCGGUGCCAUGAUGUGCAUGUGGGCCGGUAUCCGUUAUAUGGCGGCUCCCAUUUGGAUCUUCUGCCUAGUCAACUCGGCUAUUCACGCCAUGAUGUACACCUACUACACGUGCACUGCUCUGCGCAUCCGCGUCCCCAACCUGAUCAAGCGCAGCUUGACAUCCAUGCAGAUCACUCAAUUUGUGUUCGGCACGAACAUGGCCGCUGCCUACCUUUUCGUCCACUACACCAUUCCCUACCCGGCUGGAAGUUCUGCUCUGCGCCACCUUGCCCAGGCUGUUCCCGCUGUGGCCAAUGCUACCGCCGAGGCCGGAGUCGUGCCAUGGCUCAAAAAGCUGGCUUUCCGCGCCGCCGGUGCGGAGGGUAUUGCCGAGAAUGUGGGUGGAGCUGCCACUGCUCCUCGCGAAGGAUACACCCAGAAAAUGGUGACUUGCAUGGACACUUCUGGCCAGGCCUUUGCCAUCUGGCUCAACGUCUCUUACCUGCUCCCCUUGACCUACCUAUUCGUGCGCUUCUUUGUCCGCUCCUACCUCAACCGCAAGGACCCCGGUCUCAAGCAGCCUACCCACAUGGAGGCCGCUGAGAAGGCCGGUGUGGAUGCCCUUAAGGGUCUGAGUCGCGCAAUUCAACGGGCUGCCAUCGAGGGUGAGAACAGCGAAACCACCGACGACGAGGUUAUCCGCGCACACGUCCAGAAGAUUGUUGAGCAGACGACCCAGGACUCUCCCAUCCGGACCCGGGCUUCCGCUGCCAACAAGGCAAAGGCCGAUGCGUCGCAGUCUGGCUCGGACGAGGGCUUUUCCACCGUGAAGAAGGGUGCGAAGAAGCAGACCAAGAGCGAGCAGAAGACGAGCUCAAGCUCUCCGACUGCAAAGGGUGAUAACCCGUUCGGAGUGCUCGAUAGAAACGCGUGA